UGUUCGGAAGUCUUGUGGUGUGUUUGCGCUAACUUACCAGCGGCUCAGACUCGCUUAUUUCUACUCGUGGUGUUAUUGAAAAGCUUCACGCGUCCGCGUUCGUUUGCAGAAGGAAAACAAUUUGGACGAUGGAUUAUUCUGAGGAGACACAGUCUGUGUCAGAGGACACGAGCACUCAGCUGGAACUCAAAAAGGGAAUGUCGAUUUUCAUUGAUAUUUUACGCAGAGCCGAUAAAAACGAUGACGGGAAGCUGUCCUUUGAUGAGUUUAAAGCCUACUUUUCUGACGGAGUCCUGACACCUGAAGAACUGAAGGAGCUUUUCCACACCAUUGACACCCAUAACACAGACAACGUGGAUACAGAUGAACUCUGUGAUUAUUUCUCCCAGCACCUCGGAGAGUACGAGAACGUUCUUGCUGCUUUAGAGGACCUGAACAUGUCCAUACUGAAGGCAAUGGACAAAACAAAGAAGGAGUAUCAGGAGUCCACCCACCUGGAGCAAUUUGUGACUCGCUUCUUGCUGAAGGAGACAACCAAUCAACUCCAUUCACUUCAAAGCUCACUGGAGUGCGCCAUGGAAACCACGGCCGAGCAGACACGUCAGGAGAAACAGCCUCCAGUGAAACCAGAAGUUUUAGCCAUCCAGUGGUCCGGCCGACGCUCAACUCGGAGGCUUCAGAGGAACAACAGCCUCUCUCCCAACAACCCGCUCUUCAAUCUAAUCAAUUCAGGUGUUUAUGAUGAAGACAGCCAGUGGAUGAUCCAAGUAAACAGGCUGCAGAAGCUUAUCGACCGCCUGGAACAAAAGGAGAUCCGCCUGGAGCCCGUCGAGGAAGAGGUGCUGGAGAGCACCGGCAAAUCGCACAUCCUGAUAGUCCAGAGACAGCUGUCAGUGCUGGAGGAGGAGAUGGAGGAGUUUCGUUUGGCCCUCAGGCAGUACAUGGACUGUGCCUGCGCCCAGACAGGAUGUCUACACAUCGCGGUUCAGCGGCUGGCAAAUGAAUCGCGCUUCAUUCUCUAUGAAUUCUGGGAACACAGCAACAUGUGGAAGAAUCACCUCCAGACCAACUACAGCAAGACCUUCCAGAGGGGCAAUGUGGACUUUCUGGAAACGCCUGAGGCCAUAACCACCAUGCUCGUUCCAGCCUCCUGGUGGGUCCUGAACAACAACUGAGUGCAGCACCCGUCACUGAGUGUGACCCACGGGUGCCGACAGCACACACAGACACACUCGCACACACAAACACAACACGACACGUGUGAAGUCAUGGUGAACAGCUUCAACUUAAUAUCGUCCAUGUUUCUUCAUAGUGAGGUUGUAGCUGAAAUAGUCAGCAUGUGUGUUUGUCCGUAAGGCCGAUAUCGUACAAACAGUGACCUCAUUGGUCGCAGACGGUCUGACAUCAUCGCCAUGUUUGCUGUGACAUCAUCUGCACUCCACGACAGCUGGAAGGGGUCGUUCAUGCGUGAGAAAGGCGGCGGUAACAGAAACUGUAGCAGCUCUGAGGAGCUCAUUAAUCUAUUGUUCUCGUUACUGUAUUUAAUGUUAACACUUCAGAUUAAUAUCAGUUGAUGACAAAUAAAGAUUAUGUAUUGUUGUGUA